AUGUGUUUGCCAUUUUUUUCUAAGAAUGAAGUAACUGGAAGUGGAGUCGGUGAAGGAAGAGGAGAAAGAUUUGUUCUUGGAACCGAAAAAGACCUAAAUGAGAAUGUUAAAAGGGAAACGAAAAGGAGAUCAGGACUAUUUAGGGAGUUGACACAGCAGUUGGAACACGUUCAACCAAGAAACAGGGAUGGAGAACUGAGGGAGAUGACACAGAAGUUGAAUAAUGUUCGUAGGCAACUACAAGAGAGAGAUGAACAACUAUCAGAAAAAGAUCGCCAACUAAGAGAGAGAAAUAAACAACUCAGUGAGAAGACACAGCAGGUGACAAAUACUGAAGGGCAACUAAAGGAGAAAGAUAAACAACUGAGAGAGAAGACACAGCAGUUGACUAAUGUUCAAGGGCAACUACAAGAGAAAGAUAAACAACUGAGAGAGAAGACACAGCAGUUGAUAGACGUCCGGAGUCAACUACAAGAGAGAGAUGGACAACUGAUGGAGAAGACACAGCAGUUAACAAAUACUCAAGGGCAACUACGAGAGAAAGAUGGAGAACUGAGGGAGAAGACACAGCAGUUGACAAACGUCCGGAGAGAUGGACAACUGAGGGAAAUGAGGAUUCAGUUGAUUGAUCUCCAGAGGCAAGUGCAAGAAAGAGAUGGACAACUGAGGCGGAUGACACAACAGUUGACAAAUACUCAAGGGCAACUACAAGAGAGAGAUGGAGAACUGAAGGAGAAGACACAGCAGUUGAAAAAUGCGGAAGAACAACUACAAGGGAAGGAUGAGGAGGUUUCUUCCUUAGAGAGCCGGCUGGAGGAAAAAGAACAGCAGGUAGACGAACUAGAAGAGUUCUCUUAG